AUGUGUUGGGCAGCGCCAUUGGAGGUGAGAGUUGGGCAGGAGGCAGCGGAGCAUGUGAUGGACAACACCUUAGUGGUGACCCAGUUGCUGGAGGUGCCCCAGGGGAGCUGGGCGAUGACUGUCACGCGCUGGGCAGUGCUAAUGGCAUGCCAGGCUGCGCCAAGUAGCGGUGGAGGCCAUUUUAGUGGCGCCGAUGGUUCCUUAGGGUCUUGGGGCGAUGGCUUCGACAGUGAGAGGAGAAAUGAGGUGUUGGGUGGCACCAUUAAGAGAAAGGGAGUGCUGGGCGGCACCCAAUGCGCUAUGUUUGCAUGA